AUGGCGUCCAACGCAGUGUUCGAUCUCGCGCUUCUCUUCUGGCGCCUGAUCAUCAACAUCUUCUUCCGCUCCAUCCAGCCGCGUGGCAGCUGGCGCAUCCCCCGCGAGGGCGCCGGCGGGCCGCUCAUCUUCGUCGCCGCACCGCACCACAACCAGUUCCUCGACCCGCUCCUGCUCGCCAGCGAGGUACGCCGCGCCAGCGGCCGCCGCGUCGCCUUUCUUACCGCCGAGAAAAGCCUCAAGCGCCCGCUCAUUGGCGCCGCCGCGCGCCUCAUGCACAGCAUCCCCGUCGCGCGCGCAGCGGACUCCGCCAAGCCCGGCGCGGGCACAAUCACGCUCUCACCAUCGGACCCAUUGCUUGUGCUCGGGCGCAACGGCACGCAGUUCACCACGCAGCUCCAAGUCAAGGGCCAGCUCGUCCUGGGUAAAGAGUACGGCAGCGCCAACGCCGAGGUCGUCGAGGUGCUCAGCGAUAGUCAGGUGCGCAUCAAGAAGGAGUUCAAGGAUGCACCCGGAAAGAAGCCUGUCCGCGAUGCGCUCGCUGGAGACGGGUCCACCUACACCGUCCUGCCGUUCGUCGACCAGACGCAGAUGUACGCCAAGGUGUACGAAAAGCUCGCCAAGGGCGGCAGCCUCGGCAUAUUUCCUGAAGGCGGCUCGCAUGACCGCACGGACUUGCUCCCGCUGAAGGCGGGUGUCGUCAUCAUGGCCCUCGGCGCGAUGGCUGCCAACCCUGGCCUCAAGGUGCGCAUCGUCCCUGUCGGGCUGUCCUACUUCCACCCGCACCGCUUCCGCUCGCGCGCCGUCAUCGAGUUUGGCGCGCCGCUCGACGUACCGGCGGAGAUGGUCCAGCUUUUCGACCAGGGCGGCGACGGCAAGAAGAAGGCUGUCGCGCAGAUGAUGGAUAUCGUCUUUGACGGGCUCAAGAGUGUCACCGUCCGUGCGCCAGACUACGAGACGCUCAUGGUCAUCCAAGCUGGCCGACGGCUCUACACCCCGCCAGGCCACCACGCCAGCCUCGGACAGGUCGUCGAGCUGAACCGCCGCUUCAUCCUCGGCUACCUCCAGUUCCAGCACGAGCCGCGCGUGCAGAAGGUCAAGGAAGACGUCAUGCGCUAUAACGCCAAGCUGCGCUACGCUGGUCUUCGCGACCACCAGGUCGAGCGUGCCACGCGCGCCGGCUGGCGCUCCCUCGGCCUGCUCGCCUACCGCAUCUUCCUGCUCGGCAUGUGGGGCGGCCUCGCGCUCCCCGGCGUCGUCCUCAACUCGCCCAUCUUCAUCCUCGCCAAGAGCAUCUCUGUGCGCAAGGCGAAGGAGGCUCUCGCAGCGAGCCAGGUCAAGCUCAAAGGCAGAGAUGUGCUUGCCACGUGGAAGGUUCUUGUCUCGCUCGUCGUCGCGCCCGUGCUGUACACCGUGUACGCCGGCUGCGCCACGUACCUCGCCCACCGCUACCAGCUGCCCUGGAAGCAGCAAAUGCUCAUGCCGCUCUAUGUCAUGGCCGCACUGCCCGCCAUCGCAUACUCGACGCUCAAGUUUGGCGAGGUCGGCAUCGACAUCUACAAGUCGCUCCCUCCGCUCUUCAUCUCCCUCCUACCCGGCAAUCACAAGGUGAUCAUGGAGCUGCAGCAGAUGCGCGCACACCUCAGCACCGAGAUCCACGCGCUCAUCGAGGAGUUCGCCCCGCAGGUUUGGGAAGACUUUGAGUCGAGCCGCCUGCUCAGCGCACCGAGCGCCAGUGCGCAGCCCGGCGUCGACAAACCCUCCUCCGCCACGUCCAGCGCACCUGGCGUCGAUAGCCCUCUGUCUCACCCGCUCGCCUGGGUCGAUGAGCGCCUCUUUGGCUGGGGCACCAAGAAGCAAAAGCGCAGCAGGAAAUCCGCUGCCUCCGCCGCAGUCGCUGCCGCGGGCGACACCGCCGGUGCCACGCGAGAGAUCCCCUCCGCCGAGCCGCGCAAGAGCGAGAAGGCCAGUAUCUCUGAAGAGGAGCGCAAGCUGCGUGAGCAGUUCAAAGCCGUCCUUGCGCCAUCUGACGAGGACGAUGCUGUCACGCACUCCGGCUUUACUACCAGCGCUGAAGCUAGCGAAUUUGGCGACGACAACGGUGACGAGGAGCACGACGACGGUGACUACGAAACCGUCUUCCGCAUGCUCAACCCAAGCACCUGGAUGGGUGGCGGCCAUAGCGCCAGCAAUGCCUCCUCGCGCCGCAGCUCCCGUUCCCGCACACGCAGCAGGAGCGGUAGCGGCGCCGGCUCCUUUGCCGAGAAACGCAAUCGCUCUGAUAACAACCUGCGCGAUCUUAUCAUGUCGCCCACCGAGCAGCGCAGCAAUCCACUCGUCGCAGGCGGCGGCUCAUACACCGGCCGCUCCUCUGCGCUGCAGCAGCAGGGCCAGGGUGCUGGGGUGGCCGCGCAGCGCCGUGCCCGCACGCACUCGCUACAGGAGAUCAUCUCCGCUGAGGACCUCAAGAACCAAGGCGACGCGUCGCGCCAGCUCAACUUCUCCGGCGCGUCCACCGUCCUCGAGACGCAGGCUGCUGGGCACGCUGGCCUCAAUGGCAGCGGCGCCAAGCACGACCACAACAGGCGCCCGCCUCUUGCGGACAUGCAGAAAGCUUCCGAGACGCCACCCGGUGCCGCUUCGCCCAGACAGCAAUGA